AUGACGGUCACCAAACUCCCCAAGACCAUGAGGGCUCUCCAGUACUCCGAGCCACUGAAGUAUGGCCUCGUUGAGCUGCCUCUGCCCGAAGUGCGCGAGAACGAUGUCCUGAUCAAGGUCAAGGCCUGCGGUGUCUGCGGCACGGACCUGCACAUCCACGAGGGUGAAUUCAUCGCCAAGUUCCCUCUGGUUCCCGGCCACGAAACAGUCGGCGUCGUUGCCGCCGUGGGGACCAAAGUCAAAGACUUUCAGAUCGGGGAGCGCGUCGUCGCAGACAACUCCGAGCUGUGCGGUGUCUGCUUCUACUGCCGCCGCGGCGACGAGCUGUUCUGCGAGGACUUCCAGGCUCACGGUGUUACCAUGAACGGCGGUUUCGCGGAGUACUGCGCCUACCCGGCCGGCCGCGUCUUCAAGAUCAAGAACCUGUCCGAUAUCGACGCAACUCUCCUCGAGCCUGCCUCCUGCGCCGCUCAUGGCCUGGACAAGAUCGCUCCCAAGAUGGGCUCGUCCGUCCUCAUCUUCGGUGCUGGUCCCACCGGCCUUGUGCUGGCUCAGAUGCUUCGCCAGUGCGGUGGUUGCCGGGUCGUCAUUGCUGCCCCUGGUGGUUUGAAGAUGGACAUUGCGAGGAACCUCGGUGCCGGUGAUGAAUACAUUGAGCUCUCCCGCACGGAUGCUUCUCCUCAAUACAACAAGUUGAAGGCCGAUAAUCCAUACGGCUUCGACAUUGUCGUUGAGGCCACCGGGAGUGUCAAAAUCCUGGAGGACUCGAUCAAUUAUGUCCGUCGCGGCGGCAAGUUGGUCGUGUACGGUGUGUACUCGAGCGCGGAACGUGUCUCGUGGCCCCCGUCCAAGAUCUUCGGCGACGAAAUUACCAUUCUCGGCUCCUUCUCUGAGACCUACAAGUUCCCUGCUGCCGUAGACUACCUGGAUUCCGGCAAGGUCAGGGUCGACGGCAUUGUUAACAAGGUGUUCAAGAUCGAGCAGUGGGAGGAGUGUCUUGAGUCGAUGCGUAACAAGACCGCCAUCAAGGCUGCCAUCACCUUUGACUAA